AUGUCAAACGCCUCUUCUCGUUAUCCGUUUUAUACAGGGGCCCUAAGACCACCAAUACCAUCUUCCUCAACAUCUGGUUCAGUAUAUUUAAAUGAAAAACGUUACCCAUCUUCGAUUGGUUGUUUAACAGCAGUUAGAAUGUCUGCUUCGGCAAAGUUAAACAGAUACUUUAGAAGACUAAUUCAUUUUUCACAAAUGGACUUUGAAUUAGCUUUAUGGCAAAUGUUAUAUUUAAUGAUACAUCCUCAAAAAGUUUAUAAAAAUUUUAUGUAUAGAAAGAAGAGCAAAGACCAAUGGGCAAGAGAUGAUCCUGCUUUUUUGGUACUUCUUGCUGUUAGUUUAGCGAUCUCAAGUGUGUUCUUUUCUAUAAUACUAAAUCUGGGUUUUGGAGGUUUUGUCUUAUUUUUUUUGUGGGCUGUUUUUAUUGAUUGUAUAUUUGUUGGAAUAUGUGUUGCCACUGUUAAUUGGUUUUUUUCAAACAGAUAUUUACGAAAUUGUAAAGAUCAAGAUGUGGAAUGGGGAUAUUGUUUUGAUGUACACUUGAAUGCUUUUUUUCCACUAUUAAUGAUGCUUCAUGUUGUAUUACCAGUGUUAUUUUAUGCCUUUAUUGAUUAUCCAUACUUUUUCUCUAGAUUAUUUGGGAAUGCUAUUUGGUUUAUUGCAACAGUUUAUUACACAUAUAUAACUUUUCUUGGAUAUACGGCACUUCCAAUAUUACACAAAACACAUGUUUUUUUAUAUCCAAUAACAUUUCUACUAAUAUUCUACAUUGCAUCUGUUUCUGCAGGGUGGAAUAUCUCACAAACAGCAAUGAACUUUUAUCACUUUAGAGUGAUGAGUAGAACAAGAUAA